UCCCUGACCCGCGCCAAUGCCACUCCCAUCGCCAUGAGUGAAUUAAAGCAAGUGAUCCAUACACACUUCCAGAGGUUGGUGCAAGAGGGCAAGAACCCCAACGAAGCCGCGGUCCAAGCGUUGUCCUUGGCGCGAGAGGAGUUCUACACCAAGGGUCGAUGUGCAGCCGAGACGCAGACGGCAAAGCCGGCUGUGGGGAAGACUGCUUCGAAAGAGCCCUCCGUGCCAUCCCCGUACACCCGGCCCAACGAUGUCCCCAGCGCUAGCCCCAUGCCGUUCUUCCAGCGGCAGGAAGGCAACCGCUUUGGACUGCUCUGUUUGGGCCUGGUAGGGCCAUUCAAAUCCAUUUGUGUCGUUGGGCAGCCACGCCUAGGGAAAAAGCUUCUGGUGCUGGAUAUCGAUCAUACCAUCUACGACCCUUCGGAGUAUGGUGGGAACAAAGGCUCAACGGUGAAGCAAGUCAGCGAUGAGACGAUGACCCGCUGUCGUCCCAGGUUGCACGAGUUCUUGGUGGAAGUUUGCAGAGACUUUGACCUGAUGGUUUGGUCUGCAUCGGAUAUGAUGCGGAUCCUCACACUACUGCAACAGCUGGGAAUGAUAGGUGCGGGACAAUCAGAGUACAACAUCGUGGCAGUGCUGGACAUUGAGUCCAUGAGCGAGAUGCACAGCACAGAUGCUGAGGAUGUCGAUAUGGUCCUGGACAAGCGUGCCAUCACUCAGACAGUGAAAGUCCCGGCAGGUGCCAUUGCUGGGCAGCAAAUCGAGGUGCGAUCGAUCGUAGAUGGUAAGCCAAUGAUCGUUUCAGUGCCCAAUGGUCAUCAUCCCGGGGACGAGUUUCACGUCACGAUCCCUGGGGCCUUGUCCACCGCAAGUGAAGAAUUGUCCAUCGAGGCAAAAGAGCUUCAAAUGGCUUUGCAGAUGUCUUUGGGACAAGAUGCUGAAUCCGCGCCGUCACUCGCCAAAGCGCGUCGGCGGUCGAAGAGCGUCAAACCGCUGUCCCUCAUUUGGGCAUGUGCCGAAUUCGCUGGCCUCUACAACGAAUCGAACACGGUGAUCGUGGACGACACGGUAGAUGUUUGCCGAGCGAAUCCAAACAAUUCAAUUCAAUGCAGCCGUUACUAUUGCAAGGACCACUCGACAGAUGAAGAGUUGAUCCGUUUGGCCAAAUACCUCAAACACCUGGCGCAACUGGGGCGCCCAGAACUGAAUACGGGCCACCAGCGUUGGCGGGAGAACGUGACACUUGGCGAUUCGUGGAACUACGAAUGGCACAUGGGAUGGAGACCUGGUGACCGUGAACCGUUCUAAACCGAGUCUAAACCCCUCAAAAAAUGUGCGGCUUCCCCGGAUGAUUUGAGAAAAUGUUUUUUGUUCGCAACCACUUCCAGACUUUCCUUCUCCUUGCGGGUGAAACCCAAUUGACAGUCGGACGUUGCUGAGUUCUCAGCAUCGAAGCUGCGACGAUGUUUUGAAUUCUGAGUGGUGAAACAAUAAACCAAGAGUUUGGUUCCAAAUGUUAUGCAAACAACUUGGAUAGCUGAACACACCCCAUGCUCUGGAUAUUUCAUUCUUGAGUUAUACUCUGGACCCAUAGCUUUACAUGUGUUUAUCAUGGGUUAUCAAAGAAUUAGGUAUAUCAGUAAGAAAAACAGCGGUUGAUCAUCAUCUUCCAUGAUCUUCCAUUAUCUUCCAUCAUGCCGAUUAAAUGGCCAUUUGGUGUGCUUCACCCCACCUGCCUUCUGAGGUCCAGCUAGCAGCUUCGACCAACUGCUUCGGCCAACAAAAA